UCGAAUUUAAAAAUAAAACCACGACAGUUUGGGAUGAAGAAGGAAUUUUGCUGCAAUCAAUGUUUUGGGAAUCAUGUUUGUGACGAUGAUGGAGUCAUGUUUUAACAAUAAAUUGGAAAGCGUGGAGAGGGAAGUUAACUUCGACGACUUGAAGAAAGACCUUUCUUCUGAGUUUCUCUCCAUAGACUCCCAGGAGUCUUGCCUAGAAGAGCAUGAACACUUGCAGGUGUACCUUCGCAUUCGACCAUUCACAUCAACUGAGAGUGAAAAUGGGGAAUCACAGGACUGCGUUUCCAUCGAGCCCCCGGACACGGUCCUCCUCAAGGCUCCAAGGACUUCGCUCUCAGCACGGCUCCGUGACAAAUCAGCUCAACGGUUUCAGUUCUCACAGGUCUUAGGGCCAGAAACCACUCAGAGGGAGAUGUUUGACGGCACAGUGAGAGGUCUCGUCAAGGAGGUUUUGGAAGGCGGAAAUUCUCUUGUUUUCACAUAUGGAGUGACAAAUGCGGGAAAGACAUUCACUUUUCUAGGUCCAGAGGCCAACGCAGGGAUCCUCCCCAGGUCUUUGAAUGUCAUCUUCAACAGCAUUGAGGGGCGCGUUUACAACCAGAUGACUAUCAAGCCGCAGCGAUGCAGAGAGUUCACCAGGCUCACUAAAGACCAACAGAGUGAAGAAGCAACUAGCAAGAGAAAUCUCUUCAGGCUCCUCAAGGAGAGUGAUAACCAGAAAAGCUUCACCAACAAGAAAAGCCUGGAAGGUUCAACACUAAGUGACAUUGAGGGGACUGUGACUGAAGACCGUUUCAGUCUGGUUGUUGAAGCACACACCAAGUUCUCCGUCUGGGUGUCCUUCUGUGAAAUCUACAACGAGAACAUUCACGACCUGCUGGAGCCCAUACCGAACGGAGCCCUGAAGAGAACCACACUGCGGCUGUCGCAGGAUGUCAAAGGCAACUCCUUUGUAAAAGAUCUGAAGUGGGUACAAGUGAACAAUGAGGAGGAGGCCUACAAGGUGAUGAAGCUCGGCAAGAAAAACCAGAGCUUCGCCAGCACAAAGCUCAACCUCCUCUCAAGCAGGAGCCACAGCAUAUUUUCUGUUCGUAUCCUGCGGAUGGAAGAUACUAGGAUUCCUCGUGUUAACUCUAUCAGCGAGCUGUCUUUGUGUGACCUGGCUGGUUCUGAGAGGUGCUCUAAAACUCAGAAUAAAGGGGAGCGUUUGAAAGAGGCUGGGAACAUCAACACUUCCCUGAUGACACUGGGCAAGUGCAUCAACACGUUACGGCAAAGCCAGCAAUCCAAGCUACCACAGCACGUCCCCUUCAGGGAGAGCAAGCUGACCCACUACCUACAGGGUUUCUUCUGUGGGCGGGGCAAGGCCUGCAUGAUAGUCAACGUCAACCAGUGUGCCUCCAUGUACGACGAGACGCUCAACGUGCUCAAGUUCUCCGCCGUGGCUCAGAAGGUGGUGGUGCUGACCACCAAGACCGUCCCCCACCUCGCCACCAAGCGGUCGGCCCGGGAACUGUCCAUGAUCAUCAACAACGCAGACAGGAAGAACCUGUUGGGUCAGAGGAGAAGGAGCUCCCUGGUUGGCUGGGAGACCAGUCUGGAGGACGUGCAGGAGGAUGAUGACACAGAAGAGGAGAGCAUGAUGGAGGAGACCUUGCAGGAGGUGGAAGAUGACGACGAGGUUCUCAUCAAUAAAGGCACUUAUGAGAGCAAGCUACUCCGGGAACAGCUCCAGAAAGAAAGGUCUGAAAACUUUGCUUUGGAAUCCCGCAUCCGUGACGAGGUCACCAAGGAGUUCUCCGAGUUCGUCUCUGAAAUGCAGACCGAUUACACGGAACGUCUGGCCAAAGAGAAGAAGAUUGUCGAGGAGAGAGCAGAGAGGCGUCUAGAGAUCCUGAAGAAUCUAGUGAACAGUAACACCAGUCAAGAGGAGUUGGCCAGAGUAGAGCGAGCCACAGAGGACAGCUCGUUGUUGGGAGGGAUAUUUGACUCCAUUUGCAGUGACCUGGCAGGCAUUAAGAAGGCGGCUGAGGAGGCCAAGACAUGUCUGGUGGUCACCCAUCCCCAAGCCGGUAGUGAAACCAUCUCCAACCAGGAGAAGAGAGCGGCUGAUCUCUCAGAGCUGCUGAGCCAAACCCAGGAGCGGCUCUCUGUCAAAACCAACGAACUGGAAAAUAACGGUAGACAAGUGCAGCAAUUGAAUGAACAGCUUGAAGAGGCUAGAAAGACUCUCAAGUCUCAGGAGCUGAAGUUCUCCCACCUCCUGGAGAUGUGUCACGGGAAGGAUGAGAUGAUCUCCAAGCUUCAGAACACCAUGGACCAACAGGUCCAAGCCACUAUCAAGGAUAAGACUACAUUUGACGGCAUCAAGGAUGAGAUCCUGCGACUGAAGAGCAGCUGCACUUGCUCCAGAGGGGAGAAGCCCAGCUCUCGCGCAGAGAGCCGCAAACGGCUGGUGGACCUCCAGGCCAACCUGGAUGAACAGCCCCCCAGCAAGAGAGGGUUCCUGGGGGAGAGGAGGAGAUGGACAGCUUGCGCAGGGAGCUGGAGGAGAAAAUCCUCAGAAGUGGUGAGGUCAGAGGUGACCGUAGAGACUUUGCAGCUUGACCUGGCGGAACCUGGAGAGGGCUACCGGAAAGUUCUGGCGCAGCUUGAAGAGCUGGGGAAUAAAAAGGUUGUGCAUGGAAGCACAUGUACAGGACCUGAAAGCUGAGCUGCACCCGCGAGGACGUCCUCUCUGUGCUGGAGGAGGCGAGGCUGCUAAAGGAAGAUGAGCUAGCUGGGAGCCUGCAGGGCAUGCGGACCAGGCUUCAGAGGACCGACAGGCCAUGCGUGACCAUGAGGUCAGAGAGAGAACCGCCCUGAUUGACUCCCUGACACAGGAAGUGACACGCCUGGGGGCAGGAAGUGGAGGCCUCUCAAGCUGCGUCGGGAGUACAAAGGGACCGUUGGCUUCUCCGAGACAAGAUGGCGGAACUGAGGAGAGAAUGCCCAGAGGCCCUAGAGGAGAGUGAGAAAAGGCUCCUACAGGAACUGCAAGGAGAGCUGGGAGAGAAACAGGCCCAACAGCAGAUCUCAGAACAGCAGCUGGAUGCGCUAAAAGAGAAACUGGCCCAACAGGAACUGACCUUGCAGCAGCUCAGGGCAGAAAUGGAGGAGGCUAAAGCCAUGGCCCACAUCGACAGCGAGAACUCUGUAGCUGAAGUCGUGACCUUGAGGGGAAAAAGUUGGCUGAUCUGGAGGAGAAGCAGUGCACCCGCCAGACGGAGAAAGGGAGGCGGCUGUAACCGUGUCCCAGUCGUAUAACAACGAGCUCAUGUCCCAAAUGGAGAGAGCGGCAGAGUUGGAGGAGACACUAUUCGAGAAGGAGGCGCAGGUGUCGGGCCUGCAGAGGAGCCUGAGGGAGGCGCAGGAGGAUGAGGAGACCGCUGCGGUGCAGGAGGCUCGUAGGAGGGAGGUAGAGAGGAGGAGGCAGCUGCUGGCCGUGGCUAGAGAGGCCAUCGCUCAGAAGGAUGCUAAGCUGGAGAAGAGGUCAUCACCAGAUUGAAGGAGACGGCUAAACUUGACUCAGACAAAGUGAAGGGUUAUAGCCAGGACCUUGAGAGAAAAGGUGAUGACAACUGUGAUCUCAAAGAGAAGCUGGCCGACUCAAAAAACAACAACAGAUACAGCAAGUUCAAAAGGAGAUCAUCUCCAUGCGAGAAGAGGAGAAAUCUCAAACUAAAACUGCAGGACUUGGACAAAGUGAAGAAACGGCAUCAGGCUGACUUGGAUAAUAAAGACAGGACCAUACGCCAAUAAAGACAGGACCAUACGCCAAUAAAGACAGGACCAUACGCCAAUAAAGACAGGACCAUACGCCAAUAAAGACAGGACCAUACGCCAAUAAAGACAGGACCAUACGCCAAUAAAGACAGGACCAUACGCCAAUAAAGACAGGACCAUACGCCAAUAAAGACAGGACCAUACGCCAAUAAAGACAGGACCAUACGUCAAUAAAGACAGGACCAUACGCCAAUAAAGACAGGACCAUACGCCAAUAAAGACAGGACCAUACGCCAACUGAAAACGCUACGUUGUUUACUCCUACUCUUGUUAUUUUACUUUAAAUGUGCCCUUGUUGUUGACCGGAGCUUGAUCCAGCUCUUUCUCUAUCCAGGAACAGUCUGCUGACGACAACUUCGAGCUCUAUCAGAACGCCUGCAAAGGUACAUAGCCCAUUAAUCCAUACUGUUCUACUCUGUAUGUCUGUCUGCCCUACAUAGGCUGUGUUCUUGCCUACUACUUAGUAAAACCACAUGCUGUGUA